UCGGAGGAGAUGAGAUCAGGGACGUUAAGGAAUAGCAGCGUGUUGAAUUUUAAUUUCACUAUCGAUGGUGGGAUGGGUUUAAACACAACAGUUGUCAUAUUUCCAAGCAACCCUGGCCUACACUUUGACUUUGAAAUAAGAGGAGAGGAGGGCUUACUUGAGAAAAGUUUAAAUAUAAGUGAGACACCGAUUAUGGCACGGUUGACUGGAAAAUUAACAAAAGGGACAUAUUUUGUUGUUGUUAAAACCAAGCCUGAUACAGCUAUAAAUUGGGAGUACGAUGUGAAAUCUAAAUCAAAGGAUAACCAUCAAGUUACCGUAACGACCCGUUUCUCCGACGACGUGGUUUAUACGGACGUAUUGAAGGGGAAUGCUCCUGUUUUGAAUGCAAACGUCGUCGCCACGUCUGGAUCAUGUUUUGUAAUUUUACGGGACAAUGGAAAAGGUAAAGACAUUACAGCAGGCGACGGAACUUAUACAGGACAGUUUACAUGUCCCAAAGAAGGCCGGAGUGAAACCCGCGUCACUGUGAAGGCAAAUUCAAUCAUUAUUGUGACUGGCAUUGUCGGAGCCGCAACGUUAAACCCAGACGCGUUUGAAGAAAUCGUUAUUGAGGAAAGGUUUGAAAGGUUUUCACUUGUUGAGGAUGCCAAUUUAUCUCCAACAACAAUAGGGGAUACUACUUCCCCGGGAAAGAUUACUGAUCUCAGAAUAGAAGAUGUGGAAACGAAUGGAAACACCCGACAUUUUACAAUACGCUGGACAGCAACAGGUGACGACAGAUACACUGGCCAAGCAACAACUUAUCAAUUCCGCUAUGCAAACGACUUAGACAGUUUGUUAAAUAAUUUUGGAAAUGCGCAAGCUCUGGACAUUGGUCAACAAAACCUUUACCCUAGAGACUCAGGCGAAGACGAGACUGUCGAUAUUUCUAUAACAGCUGAAAAAGAAUUUAACGAGACAGCCUUUUUGGGCAUUAGAGCUUUGGAUGAGGUUGGAAAUGAGGGACCUAUGUCUAAUAUUGUGUCAAUAGUAAUAGCAAAUGGAUUUAACAUUUCCUUCAACGGAAGAACAAAUCAUACGUACAUUGCUCCUCCGCCUAUCAUAGAUGAUGAUAAAACCAUCGUGGGUUUAAUUAUUGGUGUUGUGAUCGGAACAGCAGUGCCGGUUAUCAUCCUCAUUGCAGCAUGCGUCGUUAUAAAUCUAAGAAGGCAUAAACUAAAUAACCCACACUCCACCCGAGAUCCACGAAAGGAAGAAACCGGCGACAAUCCGUCAUUCUCUGAAGGCAAUCGAGCAUAUAACCAUCAAACACAAACAGCAUACGUCUACAAGGGAUACGGAAGUCAUGGUCAAAUGGUCGUUUAUUAACGUCUUUUGAAUUGUCAUAAACUUUAGUAUUAUCAUUUUGGUUGUAAGAUAUGAAGCGUUAUGAACAAUCUGUAGAAUCUGAUUACGUUUCGAUACUACGGAUUUCUUUAUUCUUUCUCAUAAUACAGAAUAAUAUAUGUUUAUGUUUUAUUGACAUGUUUCUGAUAUUCGCAUGUUUACAUUACAUACAUAUUGAAAAGUUAACAUGUUUUAACCAUAAUAUUUGAUUGAAAUAAAAGCAUGUUGUGUGCUUACAAGAAAAUUGAGUUUCGGAUAUUGUACACGCUCAAAAUACAAGCGCGAGGACACACGAAAUAGAAUUUGAAACAAAUGAACCUUAUCUAACGUUGGAGUGGACCAAUAUUAAAGGAUACAAUGACAAAAAAAUGCAAAAGCAUAUACGGAAUGGGAAGAAAGAUGGUUUUCACAACCACAAUGAGCUGUUUUUUACUUUUGGAUUAAAGUUAAACCAA